GCAAAACUACGCAUCCUACAGCCCAGUGAAAGUCGUGGAUGAUGGGGGGAAGCCUGUGAUGGAAGUGGAGUACCGCAGCGGCAGAGUGCACGUCGCCCCAGAGCUGGUCGCCGCCAUGCAACUGCUCAAGAUGAGACAAGAAGCUGAAGUCCAAGUUGGGGACAUCGGAGGAGCGGUGGUGGCCGUGCCCGCGUCCUACAGCAACACCCAGCGGGAGGCGCUCGUGGCGGCUUGUCAAAUUGCCGGGCUGCCCCUGCUGGACCUCAUCAGUGAGACGACAGCCACAGCUCUGGCGUACUGGCACAACCGCGGCCCCUCCGUGGCGCAACAAACCAUCCUGGUGUUCGAUAUGGGGGCCACAAAGCUAGACGUUUCGGUUAUUAAAAUAUGUGAGAAAGAGAUCACAAUUUUGGCGGUGUGUGGCAGCGACUUAUUUUGCGGGAACUACUUGGAUCAAAAGCUCAUGGAAGACUUGAACGACAAAUUCUACGAUAUACACAAAAUCAGACUUCUGGAUCACCCGAAAGCUACCAUGAGGCUCAAAUUAGCGUGUGAAGAACUGAAGAUGAAACUCACUCUCCUGAAGUCCAACAGGAUUCAAAUCGACAAUUUCAUAGGUGAUCUUGAUUUGGAUUUCGUUGUAACGAGACGACAAUUUGAGAAACAUAUCGCAGACCAUUCCAUUAUUAACACCAUUUUAAAUUCAGUCCUACAAGACGCUGGUCUCUCGACGAAAGACGUCGAUGAGGUGGUGGUUACCGGAGGAUCAACAAGAGUGCCUUCCGUUCAGUUGUCCCUGAAGAAAUAUUUUAACGGAAGAAGGUUGAACAAAACCGUCAAUGCGGAUGAAUCCGUUGCAUGUGGAGCAGCCGUUUUGGCACAUAUGCUUAGUGGGAACAAACAUAUGUUUCAACUUUCAGAUAUUAUACAGUAUCCAUCUUUAAUGCCACUCAAAAAGAACGGCUUCCACCGAUAUACCAAACCGUGUUCAAAAAUGAAAAUUACAAAACGUAGAAAGAUCGGUAAUAGAGUGAUAGAGGAAAUCGAACGUUCUUACAUCAACAAACCAUUCGGAAUAUACAUUCAGGCUGAAAUUCAGAGCCAAGAAUCUCCUGGUUCAGCAUUGAACUACCAAGCAAACAUUUCAGAAUCGUCUGACCAGCUGAAAAUAUUCGAACAGCAUCUUAGAGACGCUGAAGCUCUCGAUGAAAUAACGAACGAACUACAUGAAUACUGUGCCAACCUGAAACGUGAACUGAGCGAUAUUAUGCACUGCAUUCGAGUUCGUCCACAUGGCAACCGAAAAGGUGGUGGUACCGAUUCCAACGCCUAUAUGGGACUAGUCCAAAGACUUGUGGAUGACUGCCAAGGCGUUUUGAAUUGGUUGGAUGAUUACGGAGAUGAAGCUUCCAUUGAGGAAUGUCUGACUAAAAAACAAAAUUUGAUGAAUACAAGGAAACGUGUUCUUGAAAUCCGCGAAAUGAAAAUGAAAAAUAAAAGUGGAGAGGAUCAUUCAUCCGCAAAAUCCUCAAAGAAGAAGGUGACUCCUAUGUCAGUUGAAAAGGAUAAACUCCCCAAUGGGGAGCAGAUGAAUGGAGAAGUGGAUAAGAAAACGAAGUUAAAUAAAAAUAAGUCUAGCGUGGAAGAGGAAAAGUCCAAAAUGAAGGGAGAGGAGCUUUUAAAGAAGGAAGUUCUGCUCGCAGGAGAGAAAUUGAUGUCUAGAGUAAAGGAAAAUGUGCUUGAAGUUAAGGAGAAAGAGAGUGAUGAGAAAGAAAGGAGUCUAGAAGAGAAGGAAGAGGAGACUGAGGAGAAGGUAAAGAAGCCUGAAGUGAAAGAAGAGGAGCCUGAGGAGAAGGUAAAGAAGCCUGAAGUGAAGGAAGAGGAGUCUGAAGUGAAGGAAGAGGAGCCUGAGGAGAAGGUAAAAAGGCCUGAAGUGAAGGAAGAGGAGCCUGAAGUGAAGGAAGAUGAGCCUGAGGAGAAGGUGAAGAGGCCUGAAGUGAAGGAAGAGGAGCCUGAAAUGAAGGAAGAGGAGCCUGAGGAGAAGGUAAAGAGGCCUGAAGUGAAGGCAGAGGAGCCUGAGGAGAAGGUGAAGAGGCCUGAAGUGAAGGAAGAGGAGCCGGAGGAGAAGGUAAGGAGGCCUGAAGUAAAGGAAGAGGAGCCUGGAGUGAAGGAAAAGGAGCCUGAGGAGAAGGUAAAGAGGCCUGAACUGAAGGAAGAGGAGCCUGAGGAGAAGGUGAAGAGGCCUGAAGUGAAGGAAGAGGAGCCUGAGGAGAAUGUAAAGAGGCCUGAAGUCAAGGAAGAGGAGCCUGAAGUGAAGGAAGAGGAGCCUGAGGAGAAGGUAAAGAGGCCUGAACUGAAGGAAGAGGAGCCUGAAGUGAAGGAAUUGGAGCCUGAGAAGAAUGUAAAGAGGCCUGAAGUGAAGGAAAAGGAGCCUGAGGAGAAGGCAAAGAGGCCUGAAGUGAAGGAAGAGGAGCCUGAACUGAAGGAAGAGGAGCCUGAAAUGAAGGAAGAGGAGCCUGAGAAGAAUGUAAAGAGGCCUGAAGUGAAGGAAGAGGAGCCUGAGGAGAAGGUAAUGAGGCCUGAAGUGAAAGAAGAGGAGCUUGAACUGAAGGAAGAGGAGCCUGAAGUGAAGGAAGACGAGCCUGAGAAGAAUAUAAAGAGGCCUGAAGUGAAGGAAGAGGAGCCUGAGGAGAAGGUAAAGAGGCCUGAAGUGAAAGAAGAGGAGCUUGAACUGAAGGAAGAGGAGCCUGAAGUAAAGGAAGAGGAGCCUGAGAAGAAUGUAAAGAGGCCUGAAGUGAAGGAAGAGGAGCCUGAGGAGAAGGUAAAAAGGCCUGAAGUGAAAGAAGAGGAGCUUGAACUGGAGGAAGAGGAGCCUGAAGUAAAGGAAGAGGAGCCUGAGAAGAAUGUAAAGAGGCCUGAAGUGAAGGAAGAGGAGCCUGAGGAGAAGGUAAAGAGGCCUGAAGUGAAAGAAGAGGAGCUUGAACUGAAGGAAGAGGAGCCUGAAGUGAAGGAAGAGGAGCCUGAGAAGAAUGUAAAGAGGCCUGAAGUGAAGGAAGAGGAGCCUGAGGAGAAGGUAAAGAGGCCUGAAGUGAAAGAAGAGGAGCUUGAACUGAAGGAAGAGGAGCCUGAAGUGAAGGAAGAGGAGCCUGAGAAGAAUGAAAAGAAGCCUGAAGUUGUGAACGUGGAACCUGAAAUGAAGGAAAAGAAGCCUGAAGUUGUGAAUGUGGAGCCUGAAAUAAAGGAAAAGAAGCCUGAAGUUGUGAACGUGGAGCCUGAAAUGAAGGAAAAGAAGCCUGAAGUUGUGAAUGUGGAGCCUGAAAUAAAGGAAAAGAAGCCUGAAGUUGUGAACGUGGAACCUGAAAUGAAGGAAAAGAAGCCUGAAGUUGUGAACGUGGAGCCUGAAAUGAAGGAAAAGAAGCCUGAAGUUGUGAACGCGGAGCCUGAAAUGGAUGGAAAGAAGCCUGAAGUUGUGAACGUGGAGCCUGAAAUGAAGGAAAAGAAGCCUGAAGUUGCGAACGUGGAGCCUGAAAUGAAGGAAAAGAAGCCUAAAGUUGCGAACGCGGAGCCUGAAAUGAAGGAAAAGAAGCCUAAAGUUGUGAACGCGGAGCCUGAAAUGAAGGAAAAGAAGCCUAAAGUUGUGAACGCGGAGCCUGAAAUUAAGGAAAAGAAGCCUGAAUUGGAAGGAAAAAUGCCACAAAAGAUCGAAGAAGGGUCCGGAGUUCUACAAGUGAACGAAAGUGUGAUCGAAGUGGAGGAAGAAAAGCCUGAAAUAAAAAGUGUAACUAGUAAUUAUGAAGACUUCCAGCUAACCGAUGGCAAAAAUAUUAAAAGACAAACGUUCUUCCAGAAUUCCAAUACGAAUUCCAAUUCAAAAUCAUGGCCCGAAUGUGGCAAAAUCUCAGCUUAUCCCAUCACAACAUGUCCCCAACAUGUCGGCGGUUCGCACAACGUGUCCUCGACACGUUCAGGGCGUAAGGGGUGCCACCAACCUCCAGAAACUGUGGUCCGGUCAGCUGAUGGGAGCGUGAAGUGUUGUAAGAACGUUAAAGAUUCUAUACUUAAAGUAGGUUCUCUUCAAAAGAAGCUCAAAGAUGUCGGAGAUAAGAGUACGUCGAUAUUUAGGUGAUUUAUCGAUUAAUAUAGUUCAUUGAUUGAAAAAU